CCCACCUAGCAAUAUCCAUUCCAUUGUACAAACACCACUUUUUCGACAAUAAUCCGAAUCUCGCACUUUCGAAUCAAGAUCAAUAUGCCGAAUCCCAUGAGCAAGUCCGAUAGCUCGCGGAUUCAAUCCAGCCAGGCCAAAGGCGGGGGGACAUGACCUCGGGUGGUUUUGCAGCGCGGGCCCGAGCCGCCGGCGACCGACAUGCUAGCUCAGCAAGCACCAGCACCGGCGCAGCAUACUCAUCUUCUGGUUCAUCCCAGCAAGGAACCACCAGCUCGGGUGGCGGAUCUCAGCAGUCGAGUGCUGCAAAGAGAUGAAAAAGUGCAGCGAAGAGUGGUGGCGGGGUUCCCAGAUUGUAGUACAUUGUGAUAUCUCAUGAUUCCGUACUCGGAGGCUUAGUGGUUGUUUUUGACGGGAGUCGAGCCAAGGUAUGUAAAUUAGUAAAUUGUUAGUCGUGUGGCCAAAUUGUGCUAGAAGCUCAUGCCGUUCUCCAAUGACUAUGACCUGAAAUGCAAAUUUAUAGAGUG